UCCCAGCUUUUAUAUAAACCAACACGAGCAGCACGAAUGAGCAGGCAGCUUUCUCUCCACUCUCUGCCAACAAGUCCUCUCCUCCUCCAAAGAAACCAUACCCAACAAAAAUAGUUGCAGGCACAGAGAUUUUCAAUGGCAGACUUCUCAUCACACCACUCUUUCCUCCUCAAGAUGCCUGCAGCCUUGACCAAUGGCCACUCCCCCAACACCUCAGGCCUCCUGUUCUACAGCCAAAGCCAUGGCCAAGCAGCAGCAGCAGCAGAAGCGUAUGCAGCACCAGGAGGGGCAGCCAUGGCAGAGGAUGCCUCGUUGGAGAGCUCCUCUGCAGUUGUUGACACCUCUCCACAGGACAGUGCAUCUCCACUGGACAGGAAGAGGAAGGCCACUGAGGACAAUGCCACACUUAGCUCUGCUCACUCCAAGGACUGCAAGGAGGGCAAGAGCAAGAGGGGGAAGAGGCCCAACAAGGAGGCUGAGGAGAAGAGCACCACUGAAGAUGAGGUCCCCAAAGGGUACAUCCAUGUGAGGGCAAGGAGAGGGCAGGCAACAGACAGCCACAGCCUUGCAGAGAGAGUAAGGAGGGAAAGGAUCAGUGAGAGGAUGAGGAUGCUGCAAGCACUGGUCCCUGGUUGUGAUAAGGUUACUGGAAAGGCCCUCGUUUUGGAUGAGAUAAUCAAUUAUGUGCAGUCCUUGCAGAACCAAGUUGAGUUCCUUUCCAUGAGGAUUGCCUCUAUGAGCCCUGUGUUGUAUGGGUUUGGACUGGACAGUGAUGGCCUCCAAGACCAAACACAAAAGCUUGGAGGCAUGUUCCAAGAAGUCCUUGCAGUGCCAGGUCCAGUGCUGAGCCAAGCCAGCCCAGCUCCUUCUCAAGCCAUCAUGGACACCACAUCCACCACAGCCUACUCAUUGCAGGGCCAGGGUGCCAUCUCUUUUUCUCAGGACAAUGGCGCUUACCUGAUGCAAGCAGUGGGGGAGCCAAGGCAGGAGCUGCUCAACCAGCUGCUGUUCAACAACAUGUGCUCUUUCCAGUAGGGGAAGAGUGAGUGAGUGAGCGAGAGAGCAAGAAAAGGACCCCACAUUGACAAUAGGAGGAAAUAAUGCUGCAAGAUAUGGUUGGGGCACCAGAUGAGUUUGAGAUGUUAGAUCUAGUCCAUCCCCUUGUCUGGAUUUGGUGAGGAGAGCAGCAAGUAGAGUUUGCUAUUUACACAUUUUCAGAGACUUGUAAUAUUAUUUGUAGCUCCUUUAUUAGUCAUUGUCCAUGAGGAUUUUCUCAACGGCUGCACCUGUCGUCAUCACCACUGUAGUCGACCUUGAGCAACCAGUUGUUAAUACAUAUAAGAGAGCUAUUUUUGUACUUUUCCAAAGUGCGACUAAUUGU